AUGAAGACAACACCAUCACGGGCGUUGUUUUCGUCCGUUCUGCUAUCCUCUCUCUCCUUAUCCCUCGCUCAGCUCACAAUUCCCACGCAGCUCUCAGGAGGAUGGGAGUACCAAGGAUGUUACACUGAUGUACCCGGCCGGACGAUUAACUCGGCCUCCUACACCGAUGGCGAGGGCCUGACCAUCGAGACAUGCUUGGCGUACUGCUCGUCUAAGGGCUUCCCCUACGCAGGCGUCGAGUACUCGGUCGAAUGUUACUGCGGCAGCAGCCUGGCCACCAACGCCGCCAAGCUGAACGACUCGGACUGCAACAUGGCCUGCUCUGGAAACGCCAACGAGCCCUGCGGCGCCGGGAGCCGACUCUCUCUUUUUCACACCACGCAGGUGUCCGGGCCGGGGGUGAACCCGGGCGUCAACGGCUUCGAUAGCCUGGGCUGCUACGCCGAGGGUACCACGGGCCGCGCGCUCACGUACAAUGCCGGCGUUGCUGGGGCGAAUCUGACUGUGGCCAAGUGUACUGCCGCCUGCCGCGCGGCCAACUACAUUCUGGCCGGCGUUGAAUAUGGGGGAGAAUGCUACUGCGGCAACACCAUUUCCAAUGGCGGCGCGCCUGCGACGAGCGGGUGCAGCAUGCUCUGCAACGGCAAUAGCAGUGAGGUCUGCGGCGGGCCUGACCGUCUUAAUGUCUACAACUUUCAGGGCCGGUAUGAUCCGACCUCGACCACUUCGGCGCCAACGGGGGAGCCAACUGGAGGCCCCGGUGCAUCUGGACCCUCCCAACCCGCUUCCAUCGGCGACUACGACUGGUACGGGUGCCGCACCGAGGCCACGGGCUCGCGUGCGCUGAGUGCUGCGACGUUUGCGUCCGACACCAUGACCCUUGAGGACUGUCAAACUUACUGCUCCGCCUACACGUACUUCGGCGUUGAAUAUGCGCGGGAGUGCUACUGCGGCAACAGCUUCAAUGCCGGCUCGAAGGCUGCUCCCGCGGGUGAUUGUAGUAUGACCUGCAUGGGAGAUGCCGAGCAGUACUGCGGCGCCGGCGACCGCCUGUCUGUGUACGCCCGGAGCGGCACACCGCCCCCUAGCUCGACUACCGACGCCGGGCCGACCACGACGUCGUCGGUGCCUGCUGUGACGGGUAUCCCCGAUGGCUGGAGCUACCAGGGAUGCUGGAUCGACGGCAAGGCCGGCCGUAUCCUACCGUACCAGGUUCCCGACAGCCAGGCGAACAGCCCGGCCGUGUGCGCGGCUGCUUGUCUUGCGGCGGGCUACAUCAUCUCGGGCACCGAAUACGGGGUGCAGUGCUUCUGCGGGAAUGCCAUCUACAACGGCGGCGCCAAGACAGCCGAUUCGGACUGUAGUUCGGCUUGCCCGGGCGCCCCGAGCCAAAAGUGUGGUGCUGGGGACCGCGUGAGCAUCGUCUCGGACGGUGUGCCGCAAGCCUACGCGCCCCCGGCUCCGAUCCCCAAGGUUGGCGACUGGACGUACCAGGGCUGCGCGGUGGACAACGUCAACGACAAGCGCACCUUCUACUGGCAGGUGUUUUUCCCCGGCGUAAUGACGCCCAAGAUGUGCCUAGACCGGUGCGCCGACUUCGGCUACCACGCGGCAGGGCUUGAGUACGGCGAGGAGUGCUACUGCGGCGACCCGGCCAACAUGGCAACGCGCGGGUCGACGUUUGCGGACGAGGCCGAUUGCAGCAUUGUGUGCGCGGGCAACGCGACGGCCAUCUGCGGCGGCCUGGCCCGGCUGACCACGUACUUCUGGACCGGCACACCGCUGUACAACUGGGACUUCCCGACCGACUACCGCGCGGGCAAGUACCAGUUCCUGGUCGAUGGUGUCAACACGCCCCUGAUCACACAGGAGGCCAUCACCGGCAAGGUGUCCUUCAUUUCCAAGGGCGCUACGGGUCCAGGCAACGAGACGGGCGCCUACGAGCUGGACCUGUCCACCCUGACCUUCCGCACCCUGCACAUCAAGACCGACGUCUUCUGCGCUGCCGGCGUGACCCUGCCUGACAAGGCUGGCCGCCAGCUUAACAUUGGCGGCUGGGCUGGCGAUGCCACAUACGGCACGCGCUUGUACUGGCCCGACGGCUCGCCCGGCACCCCCGGCACCCACGACUGGCAGGAGAACGUCAAUGUGUUGAAGCUGCAGGCCGGCCGCUGGUACCCCAGCGCUAUGGUCAUGACCAACGGCUCUGUGCUUGUCGUAGGCGGCCUGAUCGGUUCCAACGACGCGGCCACGCCGUCCCUCGAGAUCCUGCCGUACACAGGCACUGCGCCCUUGUACAUGGACUGGCUGGACCGUACCCAUCCCAAUAAUCUCUACCCCUUCCUCUGCGUUCUGCCCGGCGGCGGUAUCUUUGUGCAGUACUGGAACGAGGCCCGUAUUCUUAACCCAGUCACCUUCGCCACCACCACCGUGCUACCUAACACUAUCGGGGCCCCCAACGACCCCAAGGCCGGCCGCACAUACCCGCUCGAAGGCACCGCCGUGCUGCUGCCCCAGAAGUAUCCUUACACCGACCCGCUCGAGGUGCUCAUCUGUGGUGGCUCGACCGAUGGCCCCGGCAACGCCCUCGACAACUGCAUCUCCAUCCAGCCCGAGGCCGCCAACCCGACCUGGAAGCUCGAGCGCAUGCCCUCCUUCCGCGUCAUGUCAUGCAUGGCCCCCCUGCCCGACGGCACCUACCUGAUCGCCAACGGGGCCCUCCACGGCGUGGCCGGCUUCGGUCUCGGCGUCGGCCCCAACCUCAACGCCCUCCUCUACGACCCGACCAAGCCCUUCGGCUCCCGCAUCACCGUGGCAGCCAACACCACCAUCGCCCGCAUGUAUCACUCCGAAGCCAUCACCCUCCUCGACGGCCGCGUGCUCAUCUCCGGCUCCGAUCCCCAGGACGGCGUCAACCCGGAGGAGUACCGUGUCGAGGUCUUCCUUCCGCCCUACCUCCUCAACGGCAAACCCCGUCCGACCUUCACCAUCACCAACAAGGACUGGUCCUACGGCCAGACCAACAUCGCCUUCACCCUGGGCGCUGCUGCCCGCAACGGCGCCAUCUCGGUCACGUUGCUCGCUGCCGUAUCUAGCACGCACGGCAAUUCCAUGGGCGCCCGCACGCUCAUGCCUAAGGUCUCGUGUACGGGCACCGCGUGUAAGGUGGAUGCGCCUCCGAGCGCGAAUAUUGCGCCGCCUGGUUGGUACCAGUUCUUUGUGCUGGAUGGCGGGGUGCCGGCGGUGGGUGUGUAUGUGCGGAUUGGAGGGGAUCCGGGCAAGAUUGGAAAUUGGCCACAGGGCCCGGAUUUCUCGACGCCGGGGGUGUAG